AUGGGGAUCAUCAACUGGGCGCGGAGCAGAUUCAACGGCAGAACGGAGAGCAAAAGACUUGAUCUUGGAGCUGCAAGCCAGCCAGAGAGAAGCCAAGUUGUUCCGGAGGAGUACCAUCUCACGGACGAGCAGCAACAAUGGCACUCUCAGCAAGACCAGGCAGCCGGUUUCCUCUCCAUCGGCACGCUCGGAAACGUUAUUGACGAGCCGUCGAAAGAAGACCACCCCGCGUCGACGCACGAUGACCUGCCGGAGUUCACCAUCGAGGAGGCAGAGAAGCUCCAGGAGGCCCUCACAAAGCUCCUCUGGCGCGCAAAAUCCAAGUCCGGCUCCCGCAAUGCCGAGGACGGCCUCAGCCUGCCGCUAGACCGAUUCCUCAACUGCCCGUCCAGCCUAGAGGUGGACAGGAGAGUCAGGAGGACCCACGAUGAAGGCGACGACGUUGAAGGCGACAACCACCUCUCGCCCAACACCAAGAUCAUCCUGAGCAUGGCCAAGGACCUGCUAGUCAACACCGGUAACAGCAGAGGCUCCAGCGUCAAGAACAAGUCCUUCAAGUUCCUGCUCAGGAAGAUGUUCGUCUGCGACGGCGGUUUCGCGCCAUCCCCGAGCUUGAAGGAUCCGGUGGAAUCGAGAAUGGACAAGUUUUUCCGGACAGUGCUCAGCAAGAAGAUCAAUGGCCGGCCAAGCAGCACCGCCAUGGCGAAAAGCUAUUACUUGGAGGAUAAGCACAAUAAGAGGUCACAGCCACGCGGUAGCUCUUGCCGUGAAGUGGAUAGCGAGGAAGAAGAUUGCUGCAGAUGGGACAGGACAGAUUCUGAAUUCAUUGUUCUGGAGAUAUAAAGGGAAAAGCCACUCGCAUCACAAUGAGUUUCCCGAAAGGAACACGGAGAGAAUGUUGGACGAACGAAUGACGAGAAGCAAGGGCACCGUUGGGGGAGAAGGAGCACUCUCUGCUGUUCCAACAAACACUGAACUGCUUCUCUAGAAUUUUUUGAGCUAACAGCAUUCGAAACUGUACAUGAUAGACUCAAGCUUCGAGCUGUAUGCGCACAUGAAAAAUAUUCCAUCUUGCAUAUGACAAUAUGUAUAUCCAUUUUUUGUCAUAUAAGAGGUGAAAACACUUUCAAUUAGCAUUCUGUACAAGGGAUUGCCUAUAUGUAUAU